CCCUCCCUGCAGGUCGCCGGCCUGGCUCAGCCCGGUUCUCCGCAGCCGCUGGGCCCCAGCCGUCGUGCCCACGUCUGGCGGGGCGCCCUUGGUGGGUCGGCGGUGAGGUGAUUUCUUAGGAGGCACAGAAAUCUUUGAAGGGCCUUGUACCCUCCUGAAGGAUGGCAGAAGCAGUGUUGGUUGAUUUCUUUGGUUUGAAAUUUAACUCUCAGAAAAACAGUCAUCAGGCAUUACUAAAGACAUUGAAUGCUGUCAGAUACCACCAUGCUGCCAAAGCCAAGUUUCUUUGUAUAAUAUGUUGCAGUAACAUCAGCUGUGAAAGGGAUGGUGCACAUAAUCACUGUGAAUUAGAAGCAAGCAAUGGAUUAUCAACCCUCUUGAGAGGAUUUGAGACUGUUAGCAAUCCUAGUAUGGCUGCCUCUUUGUAUACUAUUAAGCAAAAAAUUGAUGAAAAAAAUUUGACCAGCAUUAAAGUAAUUGUACCCAUGCACCGGAAGACAUUACUGAAGGCUUUUAUUGAUCAGCUCUUCACCGAUGUUUACAGUUUUGAGUUUGAAGACUUACAGGUGACUUCGAGGGGAGAUCCUUUGAAACAAUCCACUGAAAUAAACAUGAUCACAGCUCAAGAAGUAGAAGCAAUCCAGAAUGAAAUUCAAACAUAUUUGAGAAGCCUGCCAGCACUGAGAGGAGAGUUAACCAUUAUCACAUCUCCUUUAAUCUCAGCAGAUAUUUUCUUACACGGAUUUACUACAAGAACAGGUGGAAUAUCCUACAUCCCAACUCUUAGCUCAUUCAAUCUCUUCAGUAGUUCCAAAAGGAGAGAUCCCAAGGUCGUUGUUCAAGAAAAUCUGCGUAGGUUGGGAAAUGCUGUAGGAUUUAAUGUGGAGAAAUUUUACCGAAUAAAGACUGAUCAUGCCAAUGACGUCUGGAUUAUGGGAAGGAAGGAACCUGAAUCUUAUGAUGGAAUCACCACAAAUCAGAGGGGAGUCACAAUAGCAGCUCUUGGUGCUGACUGUAUACCAAUUGUUUUUGCUGAUCCUGUCAGAAAAUCAUGUGGUGUUGCUCACGCUGGUUGGAGGGGUACUUUGCUAGGUGUUGCUAUGGCUACAGUGAAUGCUAUGAUCACAGAAUAUGGGUGUAAUUUGGAAGACAUUAUUGUUGUACUGGGACCUUCAGUAGGACCUUGCUGUUUUACUCUGCCAAGGGAAUCAGCAAAGGAAUUUCAUAAUCUUGAUCCUGAAUGUGUACGGUUAUUUGAUUCACCAAAUCCCUACGUUGACAUUCGUAAAGCCACCAGGAUUCUUCUAGAACGGGGAGGAAUUCUACCACAGAAUAUUCAAGACCUGAACCAAGAUCUUGACCUCUGUACAUCCUGCCAUCCUGACAAGUUUUUCUCCCAUGUCCGAGAUGGCCUUAAUUUUGGUACACAGAUUGGCUUCAUAUCAAUUAGAGAAUGAGAUACUUGACUGGAUUUUUAUGCAACUGUUUCCUGCCUCCUUCUAAACUGACUACAAGGGGGAAAUUUAGCUGUUUGAUUUACUUAAAACCGAGAGGAUUAAAUGGAUAAUUCAUCUUUUAGGUAUAUUUUCAGUAUUAAUCCAAAGCCAAAUGAGUUUCAUUUGAUUCCAGCAAAAUCUAGAUGAAGAUUAUUCUUUAGGUUUGUUCUGUUUGUUAUAUAAAUCAGUAAUAGGGCUGUUCAGUUCAGUAUUUACUGGGUAUACCCUAUUUGUCAGGCAUUGUGUGAAGAAUAUCUGAAUCAAAGUGGGUUAGACCUUUUCACCUUUAGUUUAAUGCAGUGAAGGAGGUAAACAUUUAGAAUACUUAAAU